GGGAAGAUGUUUGGUCUGGUAACCGUGAUAAUGCUGGCGAUAGUUUUCAAGGAGACGGAAGCUUAUUGGACGUACAACACUGGCCGAGGUAUGGUGUACGGACUUGGUGUAACCCAAGAUACCACCUUGGCAGGUAGCAGUCAACAACUCGACUACCUUCAGUACCUCCUGGUGUCCAAGUUCCCUCAGUAUGAAAACAAGCGUUCUCUGGUUCAGUUUGAAAACCUUCCCAAUGCCUGCGGUCCAUUACAGAUCAUAUCCGCUAAGAUGUAUCUAUACUACGUGUAUGCUCACAAAGCGAGCUGGCAUAGCAUCCAGAGAACUCCUUUUAUCCCUCGCUUUAUACAGGUGCCGCUAUAAGUCUCAGCUAUUUCGAGAAAGGUCGUCGGAAAAAGUGCACGCGACAAUACCGAAAGGUAUUGUGGGUGGUUUUCAGUUCACUUUUCUUUAAAGAUAUUUGAAAGAAUGGCUCGAGAGGCCAUGGACGUAUGUUUGCGAGUGUUAAAGGAAAGCAACGAAAGUAAGUUUGAAAGCUACAGUGUCAUAUAUAAACAGUGUAUCGAGCAUAUCCCAUAUCUUUCGAGAUUGUCGCGUGUACAUUUUUUCCCGACACCCUUUCUCGAAAAAAGCUGUAUAAAAGAGAUCUGCUAUAGUUGUACAGAUUCAAUCCGCUAAUUCACGAAACUAUAAAUCAAUGCUAAUUGAUUUUAGCUUGGACAAAACAAAUGAUUCUCCUCAAGUCACAUUUAAUCAUCAACAAAACGUUGUUCUUUUAAUGUUCUGUUCCUAUCAACCUCGUUCCCACGGGUUCUCUCCUACCCGCCCUACUGGGCGCCUAAAAACCUGGCCAAUGUUAGCCAUGAAGAUUUCAAGCCUAUAGUUUUAAAAAUAUACGAUUUUUAAAAAAAUUUCUUUAAAAAGCAAUAAAUGUUCGAUCCUUUGACUCUCAAUUGCAACUCAAUUGUCAAUAAAUUCACUGUUUACAUGAAUUCAGGUCAGGAGCCCAUCAUUGGCUCCUGUUCAGGUUCAUUUUUUGAUGAACAGGUGAACAGGUGAACAGAUGUAUCUUCCGAAUGAAAUCGUUAAAAAUGGAGAUAAAUCGAUGAAUGAAACGAGUGUGUCGUCGAUUUCUGCUGAUUGAUCGAUACAGUCGAUAUCGAUUAAAUCAGACGUCGAUUUACCGAUUUUUAUCAGUUUAUCGUUCGACAAAUCGAUACCGAUUUUUAUGGAUUGACUACUCUGGGGUCUUAGCGACUGGAGCAAUAGUCAAGGUAAACAGUGUCAAAGUUAUACCGUAAAGGUAGUCCUAAAAAUCAAUUUCUAUUCAUCUUGUGCUUUUUGCUUUUUUGUUCGUUUUUUUGUUCGUUUUUUUUUUUAAAUCGCGUCAAAGACAAAAAACGUACAGAGGUCAAACAAAAUAUUAUAUUUAUUCAAUUGCUUGUUUUCUUUAGAUUUGCUAGCUUGUUUCAAUAAUUUAUCACUAUCUUUUAUCAAUAAAGCACUAUUGUUCCCACUUCAUUGUUAAGCAAAAAUGACAUAUUUUUAUCCCCUAAAAAUUUUUCAUCUGUUCGGAUAUUCUAGCUGAAAGUCGAGUGAUCCAAAACUUACCUUUUCGAUCAUUUCAGCCAGAAAAAAGACUCCCGAACGUUCAGAUAUUUUUAGGGUAAAAAUCCGUUAAAAUUGGGCAAUUAUACCCUUUUUUAGAUGUUCGAAAAUCCUAGGAGAGGCAGGCAAGCAAGAAAUUUUACAAAAAAUGUUCCGAAAAUUCUAGAUCUCAAAUCGUCUUCCGAACAGAUAUUUACCGAAAAUUGUCGUUGGGUGCCCCUGAUAAAGGGUAGAUCCAAAUGUUACAUGGGAAAUCCUCUCUCCCAGCUACGCCCUUUGUCAGCCGAAAUUCACUAACUCUUAGUUACACUCACAACUUAGGUGUGAUUGCAGCUGAUGAUAAGAUCAUUUUAAUAUUUUUUAUGAAUAAUGACCAUAAUCCAAUAGACCUUUUUACCGAUAUGGCGGCCAUAUUUAAUUUAUUAGAUUCAAGGAGUAUUAUGGGAUGCCCAGGGGCACUCGCUCGGUAUUUACGCGCGCUUUUCGAUCGGACAAAAAGAGAACUUCACUGUAUAUUUCUCGGGGAAAAGGCAAUCAUUAUUACAUUUAAACACGGCACAACGACCUUUUUUCCCAUGAGGAUCAUUUUCUAGGAAACUUUAACGAAAAAUUGGCCCGAAAAGCGCGCGUAAAUACUGAGCGAGUUCCCCCUGGGCAUCCCAUAAUACUCCUUAAAUCAAAUUGAUACAACAUGGCCGCCUUAUCGUUAAAAAGAUCUGUUAUGGGUUUUAGGUGCACCUGGUGAAGAGAUCUUGGAACGCAGCUCAAGCCACUUCCACGAAGAGAGACAACACUCAUUGGUGGUCCAGUUCUUACCUGGGUCUGGAUAACACCGAUGCAGAGGCCCAACCACAGCCAGAGACGGUCACAAUCUUUCCCGCCCGUCCGCGAGGUUAUGUGGAAUUUGACAUCACAUGCGCAGUACGGCAAUGGAGAAGUGGUGUCCCCAAUAAUGGGGUGCUUAUUCGCGCAACUAACGAGCUGGAAAUUGGAAGAUCGAUAAGAUUUGCCAGCAGCAGCAUGUCAGAUACCGGCAAGCACCCUUAUGCCCUCGUACUGUGUGCACAGCGUCAAUAAUCUCAAUAAUCUUCGCUGGGGAAGCGUUAUCAGUAUUUUUUUCACUAAAUUUGAAUUUUGUUUGAGUUUAGUCUUAAUUAUAAGAUAUAAAGUAGCCGGCUAGACUAUCGUAGACUUAUUAUGCACCUCCCUACAUUAAUUGAAAUAAUACAAUAAUCAGUGCAAUGUAAUGAAAGGUGGAUUAUAAUUGAAUCUGAAUAAAGAAGUGC